AUGUCGUCGUACCUGUCCAACAUCCUCACCAACACGACAUCCAAAUACAACACACUCCGGCGCAACCUCCUAUCCGACGAAGUCGACGGCGACACCGAAGACGACUCUCACCUGUGUCGAGCACUCCGCGCAUACUACACGGAGCAGAACAAAGCCUUUCCACCAUGGCUGCCCAAUGACCCAAAGCGCUCAGCAUCGGCGCAGACAACAACGUCAUCCUUCACAUCAAGCCUGCGACAACAGUCGUCGCAACAAACACCUACCAUCAACGCACCCCAAGGAGGCGGCGGAAGAGGCGGUCUGAGCGACCUCUGGGACACACCUGGCCAGCGACAAGCAUCGCCACAACCGCAGUCACUGCGAGUACGAGCACAAGAUCGCAGCGGGUCAUUCCAGGGACGGGCCCAGGGAGGAGACAGUCUGGCAGCACCUCGACCAUUGCCCAGUCAGAGAGCAGGGAGCUAUCAGAGUACNUGUGGCUCAGCAACAGCAGGGGAAUGA